AUGUCUUAUCAAGUGCUAGGCUUCCAAUUGUUCAACUUGAACGAUUACGGUAUCAAGUUAUUCCCAGCUUUCAAAGAAGACCAUCUCUAUUUUGCAAAAUUUCAAAUAUUGGAGAAGUAUCCUGAUCAAGAUACACAUGAUGAAGGUAGUUCACAAAGAUCAGACAAACUAUUAUUGAAUCCUAAUGCUAAAUCUAAAGAGCUUUUGAAGAACUUUCCAUUUACAGCUUUGUUGAGAGAGGAAUUGGUUCAAGUUAAAACUACAAAGCAACAAUUACAAAACGCAAUCAUAUUAUUCAAUUUUGAAUAUAAUUAUAUUCUGAUCCUAUAUUUGAAUACCCAAGACUCAGCAGAUAAAUUGACCAAAUAUUUUGCAUCUUUAGAUCUCAAUGUUGAAGAGACUGAAACAAUUGCACAAUUCAUUAAGAAAAAACAAGAUGAAUUGGAUGAAAAAAUAUAUAAAGAAUCUUUAGGUAAAGAUAGACUCCAGAAGAAAGUUAAUCCAAAACAUUCCAAAGAAAUUCCGUUAUUAGCAAACCACAUAAAUAUCAUUGAGGAUGAUGAUGAUUUAAAGGACCUAUACCUUAAAUUGAUUCAACAAUUUGAUAACGAAUUUCUACAUUCUGAAAGUGCAAACUUUGAAUAUGACUCUACAACUCAAAAGAACAUUGUCUAA